GCCUGUAAUGAGAGGCACAGUACCAGAUCUGCACAGCACGACAUAUCUGGGCUUAUUUUCUUCCACUUUGCCUCCUUCGAUAGGGAAUUUAAAAUUUGUCUGCUUGACCAUAUAGGUAUAUAAAUUCAUUAUCUUCCAAGUUUGAUUGUUACAUGUUGAGAUUUAUGAGACAUUCCACAUCCUAACUCCAUAGUUCUUGAAAUCAUCUUGCCUUUAAUGUCAGCCUAAAAUCAUGCUGUCAGACUCAGUUAGCUCAGAAGGCUUUUACAGGGGUUAAUGAGGCCAAAGUUGCCGUUUCAAUUAGCUUCACAGAAGAAAAACCCAGCUUCCCCACAGUCGAUUAAACUGCUAACACUGGUCUCCACACUCAGCCAGUGGCAAAAAGGGAGAAGAGAGCAGAGGGUCUGCCAGCUCAAUCCUUCUAGGAGCAUUUAGCAGUGACCAGCAGAAGUCCUGUCUCUUUAAUGAGCCAUGUCAGCUAUAGUCCUCCUAGUUCACUGCAGAAACACCACAUGUAGGGCUCCAAUCAGAGUGGCCUUCCCAUCUGGUAAGACCACUGAGAGCAAGACUUGACUUUUCAAUUUAAAAAUGCAUGCAUGGAUAGUUGCAUAAGAUACUGCACAAACUUUUAAUUUUGUUUUAAAACUGGUAAUCCUAGCUCCCUUAAGAAGGUUCAUUUUAUCCCUGUGUGUGGUUGUUUUGUAAUGGUUUGCUUUGAGGACUGCUCUGGAGAUCACGCAUUGGGCAGACUAUGUAAAUAUAUUGGCCUUAUGCAGAAGUCUACUUACUAGAAUGGGAAGAUUCUUUUUAAAUAUCUUUAUUAAUUGACAUUGAAUGCACAUGUGUGGAGGUAAACACAUGUCACCCUACCUGCGUGAAGAUCAGAGGACAACUUCUAGCCAUCAAGUCUCUCUUUCCACCAUGUGAGCCGAGGUGAUUGAAGCUGAGUUGCCAGCUUUAGUGGUAAAUGUUUUUACCCACUGAGACAUCUCACUGCCCAAGAAUGAAGAUUCCUAUGUAUCGUGAAAUAUAGAUUGAGUUUUAUGUCUUCUGCUUAGUCUUUGUUUUAUAUUGUCAAAGGUUGCAACAAAGGUUUACAACAGCUAGUAACUCCAGCUCUAGGGAUCCAGGGAUUCAACAUCUUUGUUCUGGUCUCCUCUGGCACCGGGCACCUGCAUUCCCAUGAACAACUCCACCCACCCAUAAACAUGUACACAUAUUAAAUCAUUAAAAAGAAAACAAAUCUUUGUGAAAAAGAAAUUGAUACAAACUUCACCUCACAAAAGGCCUCCUAAAUACAGGAAGGCUCAGCUGAACACCAGUGGGCAGGCUGGGCAGGCUGGACAGGCUAGACCCAAACAUAAGCAUGUCCGCCACGUUUCUCCUCAUUGAUACAACAUGGACACAGGAACAUGUGGACUCUGACUGGGCUUUCUGUUUUUAGUUUUGCUUUGUAUAGUUGACAUGGCAUGGCUACCACUUUCCCUCACCUACCAAGUGACUGUGCAUGUAGUCUUUCAUGUCAAAGUAUUCACAUCCUUCCAGGAUUCGGGCAUUUUUGAGUAGGCUUUGUGGGCUACGUGCUUUGAGGAAAUUGCUUCACUGAUACCUCACAAUGGCUCCAUGAAGCACACUACUUAUUCCUGGUGUCACCAUAUAGAUAAGAAAGGUAAAGGAAAGGCUGAUUAGCAGCUCGGGACACGAUAGCCUCACACCAGGCUGAGGCAGAGUCUGCCCUUGGAUCAGGUCUGUGUGAAUCCAGAGCCUGUGUCUGCUGUGCCACACUAAGAUCUGAGGAAUCACAAUUACCAAGGCUUUGAGUUGUUCUUUUUUUAUUCCAAGUUUGUAUGACUUUAUUUGUGUGUCAUGCUUGCUUUAAGAACAAAUAAAAAUGAUACCGAAAUACUGCUCAUUUCAUCUGAACUUAGAGUCCCUAGAGUACUACCCACCUGGUCUAAUUUAACCAACAGCUGGGCUUUUAUCGCCAGCUUUCUUGUAUCUUAAAUUUGAAACUCAAGGCUCAUUCCUGUCUUGAGUCAUUGUAUUCUACCAUCUGUGACAUUUGGGGUACGUAUAACAUGUGACUCAAUAAUGUUUUAAAGGAUGAAGUUUGUGCUACUUCCUUUAGAAGACUAUAAAUAUAAAAUGAUAGAGAGUGUCAAACUGUAAUUACACUGAGGGUCUUAGUAACCUCAUAACCCACAAGAAUACAAUACCAGGAAAAAUGUCAACUACGACCAUCAAGAAUCUCAUUUGCUGUUUCCAUUUUUGCAGCAGGUUGAUGGAAGGAAUCCGAUAGGCUGACACUUUUAUAGAGGAUGCUUUAAGGCUCUCAUAAGCCUCUUGUUCUUUCACUGGUUUUAUUUUUUAUGGAGAAGUAUAUUUUCUGUCUUUGGGAUGAUUUGAACUGUACUACAAAGUAAAUGAAAAUGUGUCUUGUUGACUCGAUGAUGGCUCUACAAGACACAUAUGUGAGUUGAGGAAAAAGCCCUUUGGUAUAACCAUGGUUGUUUACAAACACAUGCCAUAGUUAAUUUUUAAUACUGUUGUGUGUGUGUUUUUUUUAAUGCAUCUAAUCACAGAAAAAAAUGUGUCAGGAAGAAAGGGAAGCUGGGUCUCCAGCAUGUUUGGCUUUCUGUUAGCUGGAAAUCAACAUACAAAUGUAGUGGCAGACAGGCUUGCUCACAUUCUCCCCCACGUGCUCACACAUGCACGGGGUGGUGCACAGCGUGAACCUGAUCACAGAGUGGCACUCUAGCCAAAUGCUAAGCAUGUGUCAGGAUGUGGUGUAAUGACAUGUGACACAAUGCUGUGUCAUUCAUUCUGACAGAGGAAGGAAAGCCAAGGGACAGCCAGUCGUGAAACACGGGCUCCCCUUCCAGAAGUGAGAGAUCUGAGUCACAGGGUGAAAAACAAGAUUUAUUCCAGUGCUGCUUCCUUGUCGUUGGUAAACUGAUGGGUGGGUGCAUAUCUGUUCACCUAUCAGAGAAAGGAGGACAACAGAAAAUUUUAACUAUCAGAUCCGUGGUUUCCCUCUCGUUCAUCAGAGGACCUGCAUGGUACUAAGUUCUACACAUGACUUAAUGAAUAAGAAGGGAAUGCCAGCACAGAAGAUGAGCCAGCAUGACUACUAACCUAUGACUCCCAACAGUAUGACAGAAAAUGGCCUUCCAGCCUGGGACAAACAGAAGCCCUGUCCAGACCGAGUCCAGGACUGGAAGCUGGUAGGAAUGUCUGAAGCCUGCCUGCACAGGAAGAGCCACGUGGAGAGGCGUGGUGCACUGAAGAAUGAGCAGACUUCCCCACACCUUAUCCAGGCCACUUGGACGAGCUCUAUAUUCCAACUGGAUCCUGAGGAUGUGAACGAUCAGAGCAUCUCAAGUGCCCAGACUUUCCAGACUGAAGAGAAGAAAUGUAAAGGGUAUAUCCCCAGCUAUUUAGACAAAGAUGAACUCUGUGUAGUGUGUGGGGACAAAGCCACAGGGUACCACUAUCGCUGCAUCACCUGUGAAGGCUGCAAGGGCUUCUUUAGACGAACCAUUCAGAAAAGUCUCCAUCCAUCUUAUUCCUGUAAAUAUGAAGGAAAGUGCAUCAUAGACAAAGUCACCCGAAACCAGUGCCAGGAAUGUCGCUUUAAGAAAUGCAUCUAUGUUGGCAUGGCAACAGACUUGGUGCUGGAUGACAGCAAGAGGCUAGCCAAGCGGAAGCUUAUAGAGGAGAACCGUGAGAAGAGGCGGCGGGAAGAGCUACAGAAGUCAAUUGGGCACAAGCCAGAACCCACGGACGAGGAGUGGGAACUCAUCAAGACAGUCACUGAGGCCCACGUGGCCACCAAUGCCCAGGGCAGCCACUGGAAGCAGAAGCGGAAAUUUCUGCCAGAAGACAUUGGACAAGCACCCAUUGUGAAUGCCCCAGAAGGUGGCAAGGUUGACCUGGAAGCCUUCAGUCAUUUUACAAAAAUCAUCACACCAGCAAUCACCAGAGUGGUGGAUUUUGCCAAAAAGUUGCCCAUGUUUUGUGAGCUGCCAUGUGAAGAUCAGAUCAUCCUCCUCAAAGGCUGUUGCAUGGAGAUCAUGUCCCUUCGAGCUGCUGUGCGCUAUGACCCAGACAGCGAGACUCUAACUUUGAAUGGGGAAAUGGCAGUGACACGGGGCCAGCUAAAAAAUGGGGGUCUUGGGGUGGUGUCAGAUGCCAUCUUUGACCUGGGCAUGUCUCUGUCAUCUUUCAACCUGGAUGACACUGAAGUUGCCCUGCUUCAAGCGGUCCUGCUAAUGUCUUCAGAUCGCCCAGGGCUAGCCUGUGUUGAGAGAAUAGAGAAAUACCAAGACAGUUUCCUGUUGGCCUUUGAACACUAUAUCAAUUACCGGAAGCACCAUGUGACACACUUUUGGCCCAAACUCCUGAUGAAGGUGACGGACCUGCGGAUGAUUGGAGCCUGCCAUGCCAGCCGCUUCCUCCACAUGAAGGUGGAAUGCCCCACUGAGCUCUUCCCACCUCUGUUCUUGGAAGUAUUUGAGGACUAAAUGGACUGGACAAGUUCUUGUCAUUCCUGCAGCACGACUGGGUGUCAUUGCAUUCCACCUGUAGCUUUCUGUUGUUGUUUCUUCGUUUCUUUGUGUCAAGUGAGAUCAUCAGAUGGUCAGCAGAUCAUCAAUGGCAUAGACUUGGAUGAAAUUGUUCUUUGAAUGUGGGUCUUUAUAACCAUUGCAUUUUGUUCUCCAGUCCUUAGUGUGAAUGCUUUGAAGGGCUUACAGCAGUGCAGGCUGAGUGGGUACAAUCAUUAUUUCACCAGCACAAAGUCAUCACCAGCUCCCAUCUGUCCCUGGGCAGACUGAAGCAAGCCAAACAGCAUUUCAGAAGACUAAAGAAGCCUUAAAACCAAGACCACAGUCAUCCCGAUCCAACAUGAUCCAUUCUGAUGUUUGCGAGGUGAGGCUGUAGAGCCGAGGCCACCUCAGGUUGAGCAUGGCUUUUAACACGGAAGAGAAGGAGCAGUUUCUACUCAGGAGCUCACCAUUUCCAACACCCGUGUUCUCCAACAGCCUGACUUGGAAUGUGCAGGAAUAUCCAUACCAUAACAAAUCAGCUUUCCUUUCCAUGGCCUUCUGUAACCUUAUGAUUUACUUCAAGUUGCACAAGAGUAUGACUUGACUGGUUUGAGGCCACAAGGAAAGUCUUUUUUUCAGUAUGCCCAUAGAGCUUGUAGAUCUUCAUCAAUGUUAAAGCAUAGUUUCCAAAAUGCACAUGGUGUUAUCUCAAGCAGGAAGGCACCUUUCCACCUUACAUAGAUUCAUGCCACAAACCUCAAACCUGUUUACACAGCGCAGUCCCUUCCGACGGCCUAUGAAGCAGUCCUCCCCCAGCUUGGCUCACAAAGGUCUUAUCCAGGCUGUGUCUGUUGAGCUGAUGAUAUUCCCCUGUAGAUUGAAUCUUCCAGUCAGGGAUAGACAUGGUGAAAUUCCAGUCCUGUUUGGGAAAAUCCCUGGAAAAGAUCAGUACAGGAACAAUCAGAUUCAAAGGAAAAGAACUACGCAUGGUAUAGGCUGUCAGAUAAGGGCGAGUGCUCUCCCUGGAUCAGCAAGCGCUUGACUUAUUCACAAAUAUCUCCCAGUCCCAUCCCAUCCCUGUCUCCCAAUCUACCCCUGUGGUUACGGUUACCCACCUCCCCAGAUUCUGAGGCACUAAAUAGCUUCCUUCUCUCUCUCUCUCUCUCUCUCUCUCUCUCU